GGCGCUCCCUCCGCAGCCCUGCGGCGGCAGCUCCUCCCUUCUGGCCAGAUGGACAGCGGAGCGUGGUCUUCAGCCCCGGCUCCGGGGGGCCUGACUCGGGGCAGAAAGCCGCCUUUUAUAGCCGGCCCGCAGCUGCCCCGGCUCACACCUACGCGCUCAGCUGCCGGAGCGGGGCACGCACGCACUUCGGCCGGGAGCCCGCACCCCCGCCCGCCCCCGGGAGCUGCCCAUGGGACCCCGCCGCCCGGCGCUGCCCCUGCGGCCGCCCCUCCUGCUGCUGCCGCUGCUGCUGCUGCUCGCGGCCGGUUAUAAAGGCACUUUUGGGGAAGCCCAUUUUAGAAAUCGAAGAGGAAUUCUUGAAUUAGCUGGAGCCAUUAGAUGUACUACAGGACGAUCUCCUUUCGCCUACCUACGUUAUGGAUGCUACUGUGGUCUGGGAGGAAGAGGAUGGCCCAAGGACAGAGUAGACUGGUGCUGCUUUAAUCAUGACUGCUGCUAUGGAAAGGCAGAACAAGCAGGUUGUCACCCAAAGAUAGAAAGUUACCACUGGGAGUGUGAAGACAAUGCUGCUGUGUGUGAAUCACUAGAAGACAAAUGCCAAAAAAUGGCAUGUGAAUGUGACCGUGAAGCUGCCAAAUGUUUUUCUAAAGCUCCCUAUCAUACAAAACACCUUUUGUGGCCAGACUUUAUGUGUGGUGAGAUUCAGCCUUUGUGUAGGUAUUAGAUAUACAACAUUGGUCUUUAUGAAAACUCUCUGUGUAUUUAAAUCUAAAAUUACUUUUUUUUUGGUCACAGUAGUGACAACAAAUGAUUUUCCCCUUUCUUGAUCCUCCUUCCUGCCACCUCAGCCUCUCUACCCCAGAAUGGCCAAAGUAAACAUUUAUCCUCUUACUUACCUUCUACAGUGCAUGGACUAAAAGCAAGUUCAUUAGUUCUAUGUAAGCUUUUAUUGACUAAAUAGGAAUUUGAGUUUAUCAGCUUAAGGAGUAACUGACUUAAAAUUAAUUUUGUUUAUAUUCAGAUUCACAGAUUUUUCAGAUUCAUAACAUCAUUCACUGUAAACUUUUUAUCCCCCCUCUGCUGGCUAUAAGAUACAAAUCAAACCUUUCCACUAACAUUUACCUUAACAUUUGUUAACUUUGAACUGACCGGAAGAAAUGCAUGGAGUGACAGCACAAAGAGCCCUCUCAUCUAUAUUAAACACUUAUUAUGAAGCAUAAUUUAACUUCUGCAUCUCAUUCACCUUAAGUAGUCCUACCUGUAUUAAAAAAUGCCUAAUAUAA